AUGGAAGUCCACGAUGGCCCCAAAUCCCCCGACCAAGCGACCAAGUCUCACUAUGAUGGCGAUAGGAUCGACCCAGAUAGCGAAGACGACGCCGUGAGACUUGUUGCCAAUCCAGACCCCUCGCAGCCACGCAAAAUAUCUGAAAGAAAACGAGCAGAUCAAGCAGCUUUUGAAUCAUGGGUCAACGACAACAAGACUCGGCUCUCCCUUCCAUCUGCGACCAGGAGCAAAAAGCCCGAGCUUAGAGAGCUUUUCUCAGCCAAUGAAGCUCCAGAAGUACGUUCCACUAGAGCCCGACAUAGGGUUAUCGAAGGACCUCGCGAGUAUCAGAUCGAGCUUUUUGAGAGAGCCAAGCAGAAGAACACCAUAGCCGUCCUGGAUACCGGUACUGGUAAGACACUCAUUGCAGUUCUAUUAAUCCGCCACACCAUUGAGCGUGAAUUGGAGGCAAGAUCGAAGGGCAGAGAGAAGCGUAUGGCGUUCUUUUUGGUCGACAAGGUCGCCUUGGUACGCCAGCAAACAGACCAUAUCCGAGCCAAUUUGGACUUUCCGGUGACAGGCCUUCAUGGCGACACUGUCAGAGGUCUUUGGGACUCAAAGGAAUACUUCACAAAGCUGGUUCAUGAGCAGGAGGUGGUUGUAUGUACGGCCGAGAUCCUAUACAAGUGUCUACACCACUCCUACCUGAGUAUCAGCCAAGUUAGUUUAAUCGUGUUUGAUGAGGCACACCACGCCAAAAAGAACCACGUAUAUGCGAGGAUUAUCAAGGACUUCUAUCUCAUGGAGGACGACCAUCAGAAACGACCUCGAAUCUUUGGCAUGACGGCAUCUCCUAUUGACACCAAGGACGCCUGCAUAAGCUUUGAACGAGCUACACAUGAGCUGGAAAGUCUUCUGCACAGUGAAAUAGCGACAAUAUCAGACCGAGACCUGCUGAAAGCCAUUGGCAGCAGACCCCAAGAGGUCAGGAAAUCAUAUGCCCGCGUCAUUCGACAAGACAACACGGAUCUGUGCAAACGACUCCGCAAGUUGGUUGGCAAUCAUCCCCUCUUCAAGCAAACCUUUGACUCUGCGGAAUUCGCUGUGACCGAGCUCGGAGCCUGGUGUGCAGACAAGCUAUGGGAGCUUUUCUUCCGGGAAGAAGCUGUCUCAACCCUCGAUGGCAGGCUCGAAGGCGGCCGGGCUCGGGACCUCAAUGAAGCAGAUGAAAGCAGCCAUGAAGCCAACGACGCCCGCGCAGCUGUCAAUCUUGUCCAUCAGUGGUCUUUCGGACCGCCCGAGGAUGCAUUACUUUCGACCAAAAUACAUAAGCUAAUUGAGAUCCUAGCAGAAUGUUUCAGUCAGGCUAGUGCUGGCAAUGCAAUACAAUGCAUCGUCUUCGUGCAGCGUCGUGACACUGCAGUUCUUUUGAACGCGCUUUGUGAGCAGGCCGAGAUUAGAACCAAGCUACCUGACUUAAAAGGGGCCUUUCUGAUAGGAGCAGGAAGGGGUGGGAACGCGGCCUUUACUACAACACGACAGCAAGAGCAAACAGUCUCAAGGUUCCGAGAUGGUGAUAUCAACUGUCUCUUCGCCACGUCAAUCGCCGAAGAGGGACUGGAUAUCCCGGGGUGCAAUGUGGUGAUCCGAUUCGACCUCCACGGAACAACCAUUCAAUAUAUCCAGUCUCGUGGCAGGGCACGAAUGAAGAACUCGUGUUUCAUUCACAUGACCGAGUUUGGAAAUCAAGAGCACAACAGAAGAUGGUUUCAAGACAGAGUCAACGAGCAAAAAAUGCGUGACUUUUGCCUCUCCCUACCAAAGGAUAGGAUUGUGGAGAAGGCGGAAGUUGACGACGUCUUGCGAGGCGACCAAAGCCAGAAGAUCUUUGUCGUUCCCGGCACCAAGGCAAGUUUGACCUUUAAACAAAGUCUGGUUGUUCUGGCAGAGUUUGUCGCUACGUUGCCAGCCAAGCUCGAUGAGAUACUCAGUGUCGAUUACACUAUUGUCCCGGUCUUUGGUGGGUUCCAGGGUGAGGUGGAUCUGCCUGCAUCUUCGCCCGUGAGAAGUGCAAUGGGCGGCGUAUACCGGUCAAAACAGCUCGCCAAGUGUGCAGCGGCUUAUGCCAUGUGCAUCCAGCUCUACAACAGCAACUACCUCAACGACCACCUAAAGUCCACGCUGAGCAAGGUCCUUCCGGCUAUGAGGAAUGCACGUCUGGCCGUCAGCUCCAAGAAGAAAAAGGUCUACACUAUGCGCACCAAGCCGGUUAUGUGGUCCGAGGUGGGACCUCUCCCAGAGCUCUAUGCCAUGGUCCUCAGCCUUGUCCAGCCAGGAGCAGCAUACUACCACUCGCGGCCUAUCCUGUUGGUCACAAGAAAACCCCUCCCAGCCAUUGCCCAAUUUCCAAUCUUUUUCGGCAAAGGAAGCAGCCGUAGAUCAGAAGUUCGCUGCAUACCGCUUGCAAAUCCUUGGAACCCAACGACCAAGCAGGUUGAAGGCCUUUGCGCUUUCACGCUUUGUGUUUUUCGAGACAUAUUCAGUAAGGAUUUCCAAGCCUCUGCAACCGAUAUGCCAUACUUUCUAGCCCCAAGUACAGGAAUCGAGCACGAAACUGAGCUUUCGAGCUUGGCCAACCCUGAGGAGAUGAUCGACUGGGCCACGGUGCAGCGUACAACGACUACUGAUCGUAUGCCGUACAACUUCAACGAACCGGACACUUUUUUCCAAGACAAGUACGUCUCUGACCCUUUUGACGGGUCCCGUAAGUUCUUCAUGCGCAAAGUACGUCGCGACCUAAAACCGCAGGAUCAAGUGCCAGAAGGAGUCCCAGCUCCAUCAAAAUGGCGGGCUGCAGAGCACACUAUUCUGAACUACAGCGUUAGCCUUUGGAAAAGGUCCCGCGCAGGACAUAAUAGUCGGCAAGAUCAGCCAGUUGUAGAGGCUGAGCUUGCGCCCCUACGGCGGAACUUACUGGAUGAGACGGAUGGGGAGAAUUCGGCAGGCCUGCAGACUUGCUACAUUGUCCUGGAGACACUCUUGAUAUCCCAGAUACCCGUGGACACGGUGGUAAUGGCCUAUACUUUCCCGGCCAUAAUAUACCGUUUGGAGAGCAGCCUGAUUGCCCUAGAAGCAUGUCAUAAACUCGGUCUUGAUAUUCCGAUUGAUACUGCUCUUAUAGCAAUGACCAAGGACAGUGACAACUCCGACGAACAUGACGAAGCGCCCAUCAACUUCCAGUACGGAAUGGGUCAGAACUACGAACGGCUAGAGUUUCUGGGCGACUGCUUUCUCAAAAUGGCCACUUCAAUUGCACUAUACACGCUGGUUGAGGGUGAUGAGUUUGAAUACCACGUCGAGCGGAUGGUGGACAUUUGCAACAAGAAUCUGCUGAAUUGGGCCUUAGAAUCCAGUCUUCAAGAAUAUAUUCGGUCUAAAUCCUUCAACCGGCGCACAUGGUAUCCUCCAGGCCUGAAACUUCUCAAGGGCAAAAAGACGGAGGUGGAGGAUGAGCAUUCACUGGGGGACAAGUCCAUUGCCGAUGUGUGCGAGGCCCUCAUCGGUGCCGCAUAUUUGACAGCCCAGGCUCAGAACCCUCCAAAUUUCGAUCUGGCUGUCAAAGCUGUCACUGUCAUGACGCAUAGCAAAAACCAUACCAUGCAGGAGUGGAAUGAUUAUUACGCAGCUUACAAAUGCCAGGAGUGGUUGUCGACCUCACCAUCCCAGAUGCAGCUCGAGCUCUGUAAUCAGAUCAAGAACAAGAUGGGAUAUAAAUUCAAGAACCCACGUCUUUUGCGCUGCGCGUUUAUGCAUUCGUCGUAUCCGAGGCAGUACGAAAAUAUACCCAGCUAUCAGAGGCUCGAGUUCUUGGGCGAUUCGCUGCUCGACAUGGUCUGCGUUGACUAUCUCUUCAAGAAGUACCCGGACAAGGAUCCACAAUGGCUGACAGAGCACAAGAUGGCAAUGGUAUCGAACCAGUUUUUCGGCUGCGUCGCCGUCGAGCUUGGAUUCCAUCGCCACUUGAUACACAUGCAGCCAGCGCUUGGUGCGAGUAUAACCGAGUGGGCCGAACUGGUUAUCAAGAGGCGCGAUGAGGCCAGACAGCUGGCGAUUAGACGCGGCACGAGCGAGGAGGAAUAUGCCCGGGACUUUUGGAUAGAGGUCCAUCAUCCACCCAAGUGUCUGCCUGACAUUCUAGAAGCAUACGUGGGCGCUCUCUUCGUCGACACUGGCUAUGACUAUAGAGCAGUCGUUGGGUUUUUCAACCGUCACAUAGAGCCCUACUUUGCAGACAUGUCCAUAUACGACAUGUACUCAUCCAAGCACCCUGUCACGCACAUCACCAGCAUCAUCACCACCAGGUUCGGGUGUUCGUCCUUUCGGUUGAUGGUGCAUGAGAUUCCGGACGAUGUAAAGGGCGAGGGACUUGUCACUGGAGCCGUCAAGGUUGUUGCUGCCUGCAUGAUACAUGGCGAGGUACGCUGCCACGCCGUUGCCGCCAGUGGGCGCUAUGCCAAACUUGCGGUUGCGAAACAGGCGGUUGCAAUAUACGAGGACAUGAGUCCGGCGGAAUUUCGGCUACGUCACGGGUGCAAUUGCAAGCCGGGAGAUGGAGAUGGAGACCAUGGGGUUCUGGUGGAUCAAAGGGCCUAUUGCGAGCUCGGAGAGCCGUUGCAACAGAAGGAUCCCCCUGCAAAGUCUUUAGUUGAGGUUGACGGAAAAACUAUCACAGAGAUGCGUCUUGCACAUUCUGAGCAGAUGAAUGAUCAGGAAGAAUUCUUGUCUUGGUAG